GUGCCUGUACGUCAAUAGGACUCCUUCGGUGUAUGUACGGUGCGUGUGCGCAUGCGCGUGUUGAGCGCUGUUUAUGUUGGAGUGUGUAUGUUUGAGUGUGCUCCUGCUCCACCACCUCAACAUAUUACGCACUUUACGAACCGACCGCGCGGACACCGAGAUGGCCGCAGCCGCCCCGAAUCCAGAGGACGCCAGCCGAAACAGCGGCGGGCCAAGCACGGCAAGCGCUCUAGCGGGAGACGGAGAGUCUGAGGAGGCUGAGGAGUUUGCCUCCGCGACCCACUGCUCGGAGCUCUCCCGGCGGCAGAACGAGCAGCGAAAGGCCGGGCUCUUCUGUGACGUGACACUGGCGUUCAGCAGCGCCCCGGGAGCUACCAACACAUUCGAGUUCAGCGCCCACCGCUCCGUUUUAGCUGCAGCCACGGAUUAUUUCACGCCGCUACUCGGGGGUCAAUUUUCAGAGUCGGUGACGCGGCGGGUGGAGAUGAAGGAGUGGAGCAGCGAGGCAGGCCUCGACCAGGAGACAGUGGAGAGCGUCAUCCAGUUCAUGUACACUGGCGAGAUAAGAGUGAGCACUGCGAACGUGCACGAGGUUCUGGAGCUGGCUGACAGGUUUUUGCUUGUGCAAUUGAAGGAUUUUUGUGGAGAAUUUCUCAAGAGGAAGCUCAGCCUGGGCAAUUGUGUGGCCGUCCAUAGCCUUGCACACAUGUACACUUUGGAUCAACUGGCCUUACGUGCUGCUGAUAUGAUUCGUCGCAACUUCCACAAAGUCAUCCAGGAUGAGGAAUUUUACACGCUUCCAUUCCACCUGGUCAGAGACUGGCUGUCAGACGCAGAGAUUACAGUUGACUCUGAGGAGGUUUUAUUUGAUGCAGUGGUCAAAUGGGUUCAGAAGAACUCAGAAGAACGGAUAAAGUAUUUUGAGGAGCUUUUUCGUCUUCUCAGGCUGCCACAGAUAAAGCCAACGUAUCUUACAAGAGUUGUCAAGAAUGAGCCUUUGGUUGUGCAGAAUGCAGCCUGCCUACAGCUUGUGUCAGAGGCUGUGGAGGGUCAUGCAAUCCGCUUUGAGAACCUCAAAUCAGCAGAUACAGAGUUCUGGGCUUCAUACAUGGCCACAUUCCAACCAAGAUUUGGCCAGAACAUGGAUGUCAUCAUGGUGGUCGGCGGAGUAUCUGAAGGAGGUGACUACCUGAGUGAGUGCGUCGGGUACUUUGUGUAUGAAGACCGUUGGGUCAAUUUGCCACACAUCCAUAACCAUCUGGAUGGUCACGCUAUUGCGGCCACUGAUACCCAUGUAUAUGUGGCUGGGUCCAUGGAGCCAGGAUUUGCCAAGACAGUGGAGCGCUACAAUCCAAAUCGCAACACCUGGGAACAAGUGAGCAACCUCACCACACGCAAGCAUUCCUUUGGCCUCACCUGCAUCAAAAAUAUUCUGUAUAGUAUUGGCGGUCAUGGCAACUUCAGCCCUGGCUUUAAGGAUGUGAGUGUCUAUGAACCUGACCAAGACAAGUGGCACAACUUAGAAUCUGCUCCUAAGAUUUUGAGAGACGUCAAGGCCAUUAGUGUCGAAGAUCGAUACGUUUAUGUCAUGGCGCGAACACCCAUAGAUACCGACAGCGAUGAUGGGUUGAAGACCGUGACUACUCGCUAUGACACUGACAGUCGCCAGUGGCAAGAAGUCGAUUCCUUACCGCUUAUCGACAACUACUGCUUGUUCCAAAUGGCUGUAGCAUCGACUAACUUCUACCACACGGCUUCUUGCUGUCCCAAGAGCUACACCAAUGUACGUGACGAUGUAGCUUGUCAGAAGAUCAGCGCAAGGAUAUCUGAUGAUAUUCUUGAGAGCCUUCCCCCAGAGGUUACUAGUAUUGAGGGUGCUGCUAUCUGCUAUCUUGGUGAUGAUGUGUUUGUGAUUGGUGGCUGGAAGAACAGUGACGAUGUGGAUAAGCAGUAUCGCAAGGAGGCAUACCGUUAUUGUGCUGAGCGCAAACGCUGGAUGCUUCUGCCGCCCAUGCCCCAGCCACGAUGCCGUGCCACAGCAUGUCAUGUUCGCAUUCCCUACCGCUUUCUAUAUGGCUGUCAGCGUUACCCAAUGCCACAGAAUUUGGCACGCCAGAGGGACCGUAUGCAGCAAAUGCAACAGUUACAUCGUCGCACGUUAACUCUACGCAGGCAGUUACAAUCACAGAUUGAAUGCUGAGAGCCCUUGUUGCUCAAUAGAAAAAAUGCUGCAAAAAUCGUGAUAAUUUAGUGUCUUCAGCAUUCUCAUGAUCCCAUUCUUAUUAACAUGUGUAUUAUUUGUUUACUUGUGACAUUUCAUCACCGGGACAGUGAAUGAAAUGGCUGAAGCUAGUAUAUAAAGAGUAUUUUCAAUGUGACUUUGUAUAAUGGAAUCAUAUAAAUAUGUAAAAAAGAUACGUUUGUUAAUAUCUGUACAUUGUUUCAUUGUUUCAUGGCCUUGCAUGAAUUUGCCUUAUUCCUGCUGUCGGCAAGUUGUAGAAUGCUGCACAUUGUUAAUUUAUUCCAAGUGGUGAUGGUUGUCCUACUACAUUUGUGGGUUUUUAGGUUGUUUGUUUUGCAGGGAGUGAUGUGUUUCACCAUUUUCCCAGCUGUAAUGAAUCACCAGGUUUUUUUUUUUUAGAACUGUUCAAAAACAAAUCAUUAAUAACUACAAAAAGAACCACUACUAAACCUUUAUUCCCUUCACUUGUAAAUUAGUUCCUGGUCUUAA